UACUUCUAAACCUUAACUUGCCAUGUCAAUAGUGGAAUGUAUUAUUGUUAGGUUAAGGGUCGCUAUACACUAUAUGAGAACGUUUCCUUCCUCUGUUUCUACUCAAAUACACACCCCUCCUAUGAUAUCUCUCCCUCUAACUCUAUCAUGCACUAGUGCCAGUAAUGUUCAUUUGUUCUCCACAACAACAUUCGAAUUCUAAGAAUCAACAAUGAAAGAAACAAUAUUCUACGAUGCUUGUAGAAGCAACUCCUCAAAACCUACUUCAAAAUCGCAGAAAACAGAGACUGAAAAACAGAGCAUGCCCACGAGAAGCAGAGGAUGCAGCAAGCACCCGGUUUAUCACGGUGUCCGAAUGCGCAACUGGGGUAAAUGGGUAUCUGAAAUUCGUGAGCCACGCAAGAAAUCACGAAUCUGGCUUGGAACUUUUGCCACCCCUGAAAUGGCAGCAAGAGCACAUGAUGUUGCAGCUUUGAGCAUCAAGGGCCACUCUGCGACCCUCAACUUCCCCAACAUCGCUCACGUGCUCCCCAGACCAGUCACGUGUACUCCACGUGACAUCCAAGCUGCGGCGGCAGAAGCCGCCGCCAUGGUGGAGCUCGAUCACACAUCUCCUCUGUCUGAAACAGAGUCCUCUGUUUCUGAGCUGAGUGAGAUUGUUGAACUUCCUAACAUUGAAGAGAUAUUUGACUCAGUUGACUCGGGGACUGAGUUCAUAUCCACUGACUCGGGGAAUGUUUGGGUGUACCCUCCAAUGGGAAGUUUCUCUGACUCAGAAAUGGUGGUUGAAGAGCUUGAGGGUUUUAUUAUAGAUAGCUCUGAGUAUGGCAUUCCAUUUUGGGACAAAUGGGUGUGAUAGAAAGAUGAGAAAUGAGAUUCUUAUCUUUCUAAGGCUGUGUUUGGCAUUGUCUCAUCUCAUCCAUCACUGUAAUAUAUACCUUCAAUUGAAUUCCAUCCCCUCCUUCUACUCUUUGCUAACUAAA